AUGAUCUCCCCCUCGGUCGCAGUAGCAAAGACAGUAGCACCCACACAGAGUCGUCUCUUGUCCAGCGCUGCUUUCAGGAACGCCUUCUUCACCACACCUAACGCCACUGCCCGCGCCUAUGCCACCACUGCAACUACGAGCUCUUCUUCCUCUUCUUCCUCCACUUCUCAGUUCAAGACCUACACUCCCUCAUCACCUGGGCGUCGCUGGCUCAAGCGUGUGCCUCGCGAUCAUCUCUGGAAGGGCAAGCCCAUCAGGGCCCUGACACUCGCCAAACGCUCGACCGCCGGCAGGAACAAUACCGGUCGUAUCACAGUCCGCCACCGUGGCGGUGGACAUAAGCGUCGUCUGCGUACCAUCGACUGGUACCGCCGUGAACCCGGCGCACAAUUGGUAGAGCGCCUCGAAUAUGAUCCCGGCAGGACAGCAUGGAUCGCCCUAUUGAGACACCAGGAGACAGGCCGUCUGUCAUACGUCCUUGCGCCACACGACCUCCAGCCCGGAUCGGUGAUCUACUCGUUCUUGGACAAGUCAACAUGGAACCAGUCCAAGAACGGGAUUACGACGACGCUGCCGAUCGACAAGGGCAACUGUCUGCCCUUGAGCCGUAUCCCAACAGGAACGAUUAUACAUGCGAUUGGAAUGAAGCGUAACGGACCCGCUCAGGUGGCUCGAUCUGCGGGAACGUACGCGCAAUUGCUAUCGACAGGAGAGAAGGGACAUGCAAUCAUUCGUUUGUCGAGUGGAGAGGUGCGCAAGUUUCCCGUGGAUGUCUGUGCAACGAUCGGUGUUACAUCCAACCCAGGAAACAUGCACGAGAGUCUUGGAAAGGCUGGUCGUAAUCGCUGGAAGGGUAUUCGCCCCUCUGUUCGUGGUGUUGCACAAAACGCUUGCGACCAUCCUCACGGAGGAGGAAAGGGAAAGACUAAGGGAGGCAAAGAUCCAAGGAGUCCUUGGGGCACGCUUGCCAAGGGAGGCAAGACAAGGAAACACCCCAACACCAUGGUCGUCAGAGAGCGUCCAAGACGCUAA